UAAAGAGAUUGUGGCCAUCAGUUGCUCCUGGUGCAAGCUGGCGUUUCAUAACAAAGUCACCUGUUUCAUGCUACAUCACAUUGAGGAGCCAUGUUCCCUGGGGGCUCACGCUGCUGUCAUUGUGCCUCCCACCUGGAUCAUUAAGGUGAAGAAACCUCAGAACUCAUUAAAGACUUCAACACGGCGAAAGAAGAGAACAUCCUUUAAAAGGAAAGCCAGCAAAAGAGGCAAUGAAGUAAGUAUUCAAGAUAACAAAGGUCGGCCGUUUGUGAUAAAGCCUAUCUCCUCUCCUCUCAUGAAGCCACUGCUGGUUUUUGUCAAUCCAAAAAGUGGAGGGAAUCAGGGCACGAAGGUUCUCCAAAUGUUUAUGUGGUAUUUGAAUCCACGCCAGGUCUUUGAUCUCUCUCAGGAAGGGCCAAGAGAUGCGCUGGAGCUGUACAGAAAAGUGCCAAACCUGCGGAUCCUGGCCUGCGGUGGGGAUGGGACGGUAGGCUGGAUCCUUUCCAUCCUCGAUGAGCUGCAACUCAACCCCCCGCCUCCUGUGGCUGUACUUCCACUUGGCACUGGGAACGACCUUGCCCGAACUCUCAACUGGGGUGGGGGUUAUACAGAUGAGCCAGUGUCCAAGAUCCUGUGCCAUGUAGAAGAUGGGACCAUUGUCCAGCUGGACCGCUGGAAUCUCCAGGUUGAGCGCAACCCUGAUUUGCCACAGGAUGAGCUGGAGGAUGGGGCACGUAAGCUUCCUCUCAGUGUCUUCAAUAAUUACUUCAGCCUUGGAUUUGAUGCACAUGUUACACUAGAAUUCCAUGAAUCUAGAGAAGCAAAUCCAGAGAAAUUCAACAGCCGAUUUCGAAAUAAAAUGUUUUAUGCAGGGGCAGCUUUUACAGACUUUCUGCAAAGAAGCUCGAGAGAUUUAUCCAAGCAUGUUAAAGUUGUGUGUGAUGGUACAGACCUGACUCCAAAGAUCCAGGAGCUGAAGUUCCAGUGUAUAGUGUUUUUAAAUAUACCCAGGUAUUGUGCUGGCACAAUGCCCUGGGGAAACCCUGGAGAUCACAGAGAUUUUGAGCCUCAGCGCCAUGAUGAUGGCUACAUUGAAGUCAUUGGGUUCACCAUGGCCUCACUGGCUGCUCUCCAGGUGGGUGGUCAUGGAGAGAGGUUGCAUCAGUGCCGCGAGGUGACACUUUUAACAUACAAGUCUAUCCCCAUGCAAGUGGAUGGUGAACCGUGUCGAUUGGCUCCCUCACUCAUUCGGAUCUCCUUAAGGAACCAAGCCAACAUGGUGCAAAAGAGCAAGAGGAGAACAUCUAUGCCUUUGUUGAAUGAUCCUCAUUCCAUCCCAGAUCGCCUGCGGAUCAGAGUGAACAGGAUCAAUUUACAAGAAUAUGAGGGGCUACAUUAUGACAAAGAGAAACUCCGAGAAGCUUCCAUUCAGCUUUGGUUAAAGAGUUUUUUGUUUGCUUUUGAUUUUCCAGCCAUUCCUCUUGGAAUUAUAGUUGUACGAGGAGACUGUGACUUGGAGACCUGUCGUAUGUACAUUGACCGUCUACAAGAGGACCUACAGUCAGUAACUUCUACGACACAGAGAGUUCAUUACCAGGACCAGGAAAGCUCUUUUCCCAGAGUACUUUCUGUUCAGAGACUCUCUCCCAGAUGGUGCUUCCUAGAUGCAACUUCUGCUGACCGUUUUUACCGCAUUGACAGAUCUCAGGAACAUUUGCACUUUGUGACGGAAAUUUCGCAGGACGAGAUUUUUAUUCUGGACCCAGAGAUGGUAAUGUCACAGCAGGUGGGGACACCACCAGGAAUGCCUGAUCUGGUAGUGGAGCAGGCCUCUGGGUCACCGGUCUCUUCAGAAGAUCAAGCACUUUUACAGGCAGUCAUAGCUGGUGAUCUACUGAAGUUCAUAGAAUGCUGUAAAAAAGGAGCCAAUUUGUUAAUCCAAGGACCCGAUCGCUGCUCCUUGUUGCACCAUGCUGCCAAAACAGGGCACGGUGAGAUUGUGAAAUACAUCCUGGAACAUGGUCCGUCUGAAUUACUGGACAUGAUAGACAGUGAAACGGGUGAGACAGCAUUACAUAAGGCAGCCUGUCAGCGCCAUCGUGCCAUUUGCCAGCUUCUGGUGGAUGCAGGAGCCUCGCUGAGAAAGACAGACUCAAAGGGUAAGACCCCUCGUGACAGGGCUCAGCAAGCUGGUGACCCAGAUCUGGCUUCCUAUCUGGAGAGUCAACAAAACUACCAAAUGGUUUCCCAUGAGGAUCUGGAGACAGCAGUCUGAUGUCUGAAAAUGUCAAAGAGGAUCCCUGGAAAUUGCAAAGUGCACCUGAGCACUAGGGCGUCGUGUGAAGAAGAAGCUGAUGGAAUCAACGUGUCUCUCACUCUUGUGGAAAAUACCUGAGGACAUGCCACCAGUUUCUAAGGGCUACUGAGUCUUGCCACGGAACAGUUAGGUUCCAUAAGUUAGCCCAUGAUAGAUAAGGUGGGAUACUCAAAGGUCUGUGGAAUCCAUGGGCCAUGAAAACUUACCUUUAUUGCUUCCAGCAAGUAGCAUGAACUUCUCCCAUGUUCAUCUGUACAAUUUAUUUAAAAAAGAAAAAAA